GGUGCCUCGUCCACUUCGAGGGGCGUUGGGUUUCCUGGAGGACCUUGUAGACGUUUGGAAAAGUCAGGGGUCUCAUAUCUCCACAAGAAAGAUCCAACCAUGUCAGACGCGGUGGUUAGUUUCCUGAAGGACUUUUUGGCCGGUGGCGUUGCCGCUGCCAUCUCUAAAACAGCUGUCGCUCCCAUUGAGAGAGUCAAGUUGUUGCUGCAGGUCCAGCAUGCCAGCAAACAGAUCACUGCAGAGAUGCAGUACAAGGGAAUUAUGGACUGUGUGGUAAGGAUCCCAAAGGAGCAGGGCUUUAUUUCCUUCUGGAGAGGCAACCUGGCCAACGUGAUCCGUUAUUUCCCCACCCAAGCCCUCAACUUCGCCUUUAAAGACAAGUACAAGAAGAUCUUCCUUGGCGGUGUUGACCAAAAAACACAAUUCUGGCGUUACUUCGCUGGUAAUCUCGCAUCUGGCGGUGCCGCUGGUGCGACUUCGCUCUGCUUCGUCUACCCUUUGGACUUCGCUAGAACAAGACUCGCUGCCGACAUCGGCAAAGGCGCAGCUGAGAGAGAGUUCACCGGUCUUGGAAACUGCCUCACCAAGAUCUUCAAAACCGAUGGCCUCAGGGGUCUUUACCUCGGAUUCAACGUGUCAGUGCAGGGAAUUAUCAUCUACAGAGCGGCCUACUUCGGUUGCUUCGACACAGCUAAAGGUAUGCUGCCAGAUCCCAAGAACACUCACAUCGUCAUCACCUGGAUGAUCGCCCAGACUGUCACCGCUGCAGCUGGUAUUGUCUCAUACCCCUUCGACACCGUCAGACGUCGUAUGAUGAUGCAGUCUGGACGCAAAGGAGCUGACAUCAUGUACACGGGCACAAUCGACUGCUGGAAGAAGAUCCUUAAGGAUGAGGGAGCAAAAGCCUUCUUUAAGGGUGCCUGGUCCAACGUGAUCAGAGGCAUGGGUGGUGCCUUUGUGUUGGUGCUGUACGACGAGAUCAAGAAGUACACAUAAACUUUUUAAUCUCCCAGUCCCCAAGGAAACCCUUCACUUGGUUUAUGUCUUAAUUAUUGUGAUAGAGUGAUAACAGCUUGUUGUGAAUUACAAUGUGGGCAUGUGCAGGUAGGUAUGUAUACUUGACCUGGGUUAACAUGCCUCCUCAUACAUCUGUAUAUAUCCCAUCUACAACGCACAAACAGUCUUUUAGUGGGACAAAGUCAAGCCAGUGUUUCAGUGUAGAUGUGAUGAUGCAAAAGAUGUCACUACCUGUCAUAUAUGAAGAGUCAAGUCUGUAAAGCAGUUGCUGAGGCCCAUGUGUUGUUACGUUGUGACCACUCUGACCCAUGUAACCCACUUCACACAUCAUUUAUUAAGAAUAAAGAUUUAUUAAU